UUUAAAAAGAAAUAUUUCGCUCUGUGGUCGAGUCGAAUUUUUAUUAUUUGUCAAAUAACUUGUCAUCGACAAUAUGAAAUACCUUUUCUUCUUCCUUGUGGUCACCGUUGCGUUUUAUAGUCCUGGUAAAUCGGACGAUGACAAUGAAUUAGCGAAUGUUAUUUCCGAAGGACUUAAAAAAGCAUCUGAUUUUAAUGAUAAGAUAUCCGAUAUAGCAAUGAAGUUUUUAUCAAAAAUUAACGAACAAGUGGAGAACUUUAUCGAUAAAGUAAGACGAGCAAAUAUUUUCUCAAAGGCCAAAGAUAUCAGUGAAAACAUAAAUAAUAUAGCUACUGAAGCGGUUCAAUCGAAUAAGGACGUUGCCAGCGCCAUUUUGAAUUCUCUUUCUGAUGUGGUGCAGGAAGUGGCUGACGUUAUAAAAGAUAUUAUUAAAGAAGCAAAGGAUGACGCUAAAAGUGUAGCUGAUGCUCUAGCAAGUUGAAAUAAUUACCUAAUCUGUGAAUAAAACGAAUUUUCAAAGAA